AUGGAGAGAUUUUCAGAUCUAUAUCUGAUAUUUGCUACAAUCAGUAUCAUAACAGCAGAAUUUGCUUGUAAUGAUUGUUUAGAAUCAAAUCGUGAAGCUCUUAUUGAAUUCAAGAAUGGCCUGAGAGAUCCCGAGAACCGGCUCUCAACAUGGCAUGGAAGCAACUGUUGUCAGUGGUGGGGGAUAAGGUGUGAUAAUAGAGCCGGAGCUGUCACUGUAAUCGAUCUUCACAAUCCGUUUCCACCAAGUUUUGAUUCUGCUACCAGGUAUGGAUUUUGGAACUUGACUGGAGAGAUUAGACCUUCACUGCUUAAACUUGAGUCCUUGAUAUAUUUAGACUUGAGUUUCAACACAUUUCAGGACAUUCCAAUUCCUGAAUUCUUAGGUUCUUUGAAGAAUUUGCAAUAUCUAAACCUGUCAAAAGCUGGGUUUAGCGGCAUUAUUCCUCCCAAUUUGGGGAACCUCUCUAGCUUGAAAUAUCUUGAUGUUUCUUCUGAAUUCAACAGUCUAAGCAUUGAUAAUCUUCAAUGGAUGACUGGCCUUGUUUCACUAAAACAUCUUGAGAUAAACCAAGUUGACCUAUCUUUGGUGGGUUCAAGCUGGGUGGAGGUACUAAACGCACUCCCAUUUUUAGCUGAGUUGCAUCUUUCACAAUCCAGCCUGUCUGGUUCCAUUUCAUCUCCUAGUUCUAUUAAUUUCACUGCUCUUGAAGUUGUAGAUCUUAGCUAUAACAGCUUCAACUCGAAGUUCCCUGAUUGGCUUGCAAAUCUUUCGAGUCUUGUACAUGUCGAUAUUAGUAAUAGUGCCCUACAUGGAAGGAUUCCACUUGGUCUCAGUGAGCUUCAAAGUAUACGGUACUUAAACCUUGCAGGCAACAGUAACCUCAAUGCCAGCUGCUUUGAUCUGUUCAACGGAAGCUGGAGAAAAAUAGAGGUUCUCAAUUUUGCUUCAAAUAAAUUGCAUGGGAAACUUCCUUCCGCCAUUGGGAACAUGACAUUUCUCACAGACUUUGAUCUGUUUUCUAAUAAUGUAGAAGGUGGAAUCCCCAGCUCCAUUGGUAAACUUUGCAAGCUGAUAACUGGUAACAAUUUGACAGGAAGUUUACCUGAAUUACUUGAAGGCACUGAGAACUGUGUUUCUAAGAAUCCAUUUCCUAGUCUUCUGUAUUUGAGAUUGAGCAACAAUAGACUAGUUGGGAAAUUGCCAGAAUGGUUGAGUCAGCUUCAAAAUCUUGUAGAUCUUGGACUGGACAACAACUUGAUUGGAGGUCCCAUCCCUGCUUCUCUAGGGACAUUGCAAAAUUUAACCAAUAUGGAACUCGGAGGGAAUGAAUUCACUGGGACUCUCCCAGAGAGUUUUGGGCAGCUUUCAGAAUUGUCAGCCUUGGAUGUUUCUUCCAAUCAUUUGAAAGGUACCAUCUCAGAAGUGCAUUUUUCAAAGCUAAGUAAGCUCAAGAUUUUACUCUUCUCCUCAAAUUCCUUCAUUUUGAAUGUCAGUUCCAAUUGGGUUCCUCCAUUCCAAGUACGCAAUCUUGACAUGGGUUCAUGUCAAUUAGGUCCUUCAUUUCCAGCUUGGCUUGAAUCACAAAAGGAGCUCAGUUUCCUUGAUAUCUCAAAUGCUACCAUUUCUGGUUCUAUACCAAUCUGGUUUUGGGAUAUCUCUUCUAAUCUGUCGUUGUUAAAUGUUUCCCUCAAUCAGUUGGUUGGUCAGCUUCCAAAUCCUUUAAAUGUUGCUUCCUUUUCUGAUAUUGAUUUCAGCUCCAACCUCUUUGAAGGACCACUUCCUCUUCCUAUUGUCCAGAUUGAGUUACUAGAUCUCUCCAACAAUCAAUUCUCUGGUCCAAUCCCUCAAAAUAUUAGUAAAUCCAUGCCAGAGUUGAUCUUUCUAUCUAUUUCCAUUAACCAACUAACCGGACAAAUACCAUCCACCAUAGGAGAAAUGCUCUCCCUCGAAGUCAUUGAUCUUUCUGGGAAUAACUUAACAGGAAGUAUUCCUUCAAGCAUAGGGAAUUGUUCUUUCCUAAAGGCUUUAGACCUCGGAAACAAUAGCUUGUCUGGGGUGAUUCCAAGUUCUUUGGGUCAGUUGAAACUGCUUCGCUCAUUCCACCUAAAUGGCAAUAUCUUUUCAGGAGAGGUCCCCACUUCUUUCAUGAAUUUGUCAAGUUUAGAGACCCUGGACCUUGGAAACAACUGGUUAUCCGGUAAUAUUCUGUCAUUGUUUGGAGAUGGUUUUACAAAUCUUAGAAUCCUUAGCCUGAGAUCAAAUGCAUUUUCUGGAGGAAUUCCCACUCAGCUUUCACAUUUAAGUUCACUGCAAGUCCUUGACCUUGCAAAAAACAAUUUAACUGGUAGCAUUCCAGCCAGCUUGGGUGACCUGAAAGCUGUGGCACAAGAGCAUAAAGUAAAUCAAUAUCUGUUAUAUGGGAUGUACAUGGGCCGGUACUAUGAAGAAAGUUUGGUUGUGUGUAUAAACGGUGGACCUCAAAAAUACACCAAGACUCUGUCUCUAGUGACUACCAUCGACCUGUCUGGAAACAAUUUAACUGGGGACUUUCCAGUGGAUAUAACAAAAUUGUCAGGCCUUGUGGCCUUGAACUUGUCAAGUAACCAAAUCAGUGGCCAAAUUCCUGAAAACAUUUCAAGUUUGCGUCAACUAUCAUCUCUUGAUCUAUCAAGUAAUAAGCUCUCGGGUGCAAUUCCUUCAAGCAUGCCAUCAUUAACAUUUUUGGGUUAUCUGAAUCUAUCGGAUAAUAACUACUCAGGUAGGAUCCCUUAUACAGGGCAGAUGACGACCUUUAGUGAGUCUGCUUAUGCUGGAAAUCCUGGUCUUUGUGGACCUCCCCUUGUUGUUAAGUGCAAAGGUGAAGAUUCAGAUCAACCAAAGACUAUUGAGAAUGACAAUGGUGACAAUUUCAUUGACAAGUGGUUUUAUUUGAGUGUUGGCUUGGGUUUUGCUGUUGGACUUCUUGUUCCUUACUUGAUCAUAGCAACAAGAAAACCUUGGAGUGAUGCAUAUUUCAGUUUUGUGGACAAAGUAGUAUUUAGAUUACCGUGCGUGAAAAACAGAAGAGCAAAACACAAAUGGUAG